AGCGUAGAGCGCCACGAAACGUCACUCACAAAAACAUAACCUGCCGUGGCAUGUAAUAAACACAAUAUAACAGCCGAUUUUAUUGAAAACUUCCCGACAAUUAGCGCUAAAAUGAGUGAAGUGGGGGCAGCAGAUGAAACCCCCCAAGAAAAAAGGGCGCAUGAAAGCGACAGUGACUCAGAAUCGGAUUUGGUGGGGCCCUCGAUUUCCGAGGCAGUGCAGCCCAAGAAGCGCAAAACUCUGCCCUUCGAACGGCUCUACUUGGACAACCUGCCCUGUGCAGAGUCGUACGAGAAGAGCUACAUGCACCGGGACAUUAUCACGCAUACUGUGGUGACUCCGACCGAUUUCAUCAUAACAGCCAGUUGCGAUGGGCACAUAAAGUUCUGGAAGAAAAGUGAACAAGGCAUUGAGUUUGUGAAGCAUUUCAGGAGCCAUCUGGGCCCCAUUGUCAAGAUAGCGGCCAACUGUGCUGGCACUUUGCUGGGCAGCGCCAGUCUGGACAAGUCAUUGAAGAUCUUCGAUGUGAUCAACUUUGAUAUGAUCAACAUGAUGAAGCUGGACUACACGCCUGGUACUGUGGAGUGGAUUCAUGGGUCUGGUGACGCCAUUCACACCGUAGCUGUUACUGAUCAGGACAGCAGCAAGAUUUUUGUGUAUGAUGGCAGAGGCGGCAGCGCCCCUUUGAACGUACUGGAGACUAUUCAUUUGAAACCAGUAACAUUGAUCAGUUACAAUCCUCAAUUCGAUGUUGCAGUGUCUGUGGAUAAGUCUGGAAUGCUAGAAUACUGGACUGGCAUUAGGAAAGACUUUGCCUUUCCCAAAAAUAUCCAGUUUGAGUCAAAGUUGGACACCGAUCUGUUCGAGUUCGCCAAGAACAAAACCCAGCCCACCUCAUUAACCAUAUCGCCCGACGGCAAGAAAUUUGCCACAAUUUCAACGGAUCGGCGUGUAAGAGUGUUCAACUUUCUAACGGGAAAACUGUCGCGAGUGUACGAUGAAACCCUACCCAGAUUCACGGAGCUUCAGCAGAAAUCCCAGCAGCUUCCCAACAUGGAAUUCGGCAGAAGAAUGGCAGUGGAACGCGACUUGGAAAAGUCCGAAGCCUUCCACUUGGCCAACAGUGCAUUCGACUACAGCAGCAACUUCAUCAUGUAUCCAACAUUGCUGGGCAUCAAGCUCAUUAAUCUACACACCAACAAACUGGUGACUUUAAUCGGGAAGAACGAGAACUUGAGGAUGUUGAAUAUUGCCCUCUAUCAAGGUUCUUCAAGAAGAUCUAAAGCGGCCGUGACUUUGGAAAUGGAGGCCUCAAACAACCCCACAUUGGAAGCCGUUCAGCCCGACCCUACUCUAGUGUGCACCGCCUAUAAAAAGUCCCGGUUCUACCUGUUUAGCAGGCGAGAGCCUGAUGAUUUCGGAGGGGACCAAGACAGGGACAUAUUCAACGAAAAGCCUUCAAAGGAAGACACAAUGUCAGCGACAGAAAACCCGGCAGUUCAAAGGCUAUACGAAAACGCCACGAUUCACACAGUAUUUGGAGAUGUACACAUCAAGCUCUUCAUGAAAGACUGUCCGAAGACAGUGGAGAACUUUUGCGUCCACAGCAAAAAUGGAUACUACAAUGGACAUAUAUUCCAUAGGGUAAUCAAGGGGUUCAUGAUACAGACGGGCGACCCCACAGGGAACGGAACAGGUGGCGAGAGCAUUUGGGGCGACGAAUUCGAGGACGAAAUCAAGCCCCACUUAAGGCAUGAUCGGCCUUAUACAGUUUCCAUGGCCAAUGCGGGGCCUAAUACUAAUGGAAGUCAGUUUUUCAUUACUUUGACGCCCACUCCUUGGCUGGACAACAAACAUACGGUCUUUGGAAGGGUGACCAGGGGCAUGGAAGUGGUGCAGAACAUCAGCAAUGUGAAAACCAACCAGAAAACUGAUAAGCCAUAUGACGAAAUCAGCAUUAUAUCUAUUUCAGUUAAAUAAAAUGAUCGCGCACACUAAAUAAAUGUUCUUAGGCAUGAA